CGGAAGUGAGGCGGCCGGGGGGCGGAGCCGCGGGCCCGGUGGGGGGCUGCCCGCCGCCCGACGGUCGGCUAUGGACCCCGGCGACGGCGGCAGCGGCGGCGGCGGCGGCCACAGCAACGACAUGGAAGAGCCAGCCGACCUGGAGGUCUUAGUGAAGACCCUGGAUUCCCAGACCCGCACCUUCACCGUGGGGGCUGAGAUGACGGUGAAAGAGUUCAAAGAGCACAUCGCCGCCGCGGUCAGCAUCCCACCUGACAAGCAGCGGCUCAUCUACCAGGGCCGCGUCCUGCAGGACGACAAGAAGCUGCAAGAAUACAACGUCGGGGGGAAGGUGAUCCAUCUGGUCGAGCGGGCCCCGCCGCAGACCCAGGGCCCGUCCUCGGGAGGUGCCUCCCGGGCGGGGUCCCCCUCGGCUCCCCACGCCGGGGCUCCCCCCGCCGGCCCCCGGGGCCCCGGUGCUCCCGUGCACGACCGGAACGCCAACAGCUACGUCAUGGUCGGCACCUUCAACCUCCCGAGCGAUGGCUCAGCCGUGGACGUCCACAUUAACAUGGAGCAAGCCCCGAUUCAGAGCGAACCCCGCGUGCGGCUGGUCAUGGCUCAGCACAUGCUGCGGGACAUCCAGGCCCUGCUUGCCCGGCUCGAGGGCCGAGCCAACGGGCAGCCGCAGCCGGGGCAGCCGGGGCAGCCGGGGCAGCUGGGGCAGGCGCAGGCGCUGCCGGCCGAGUCGGGUCCCCCGCGCCCCGGGCCAAGCGGCCCGACGGACGGGGACACCUCGCCGCGGGAGCCCACGGAGACGCGCGAGCCCGAGGACAGCAUGGCCCCCCGGGGCACCGGCCCGGCCCCCGCCCCGGCCCCCGAAGGGAACGCCCCCAACCACCCGUCGCCGGCGGAGUACGCGGAGGUGCUGCAGGAGUUGCAGCGGGUGGAGAGCCGCCUCCAGCCCUUCCUCCAGCGCUACCGAGCCAUCCUGGGGGCCGCCGCCACCACCGACUACAACAACAACACGGAGGGCCGGGAGGAGGACCAGCGGGUGAUCAACCUGGUCGGGGAGAGCCUGCGCCUGCUGGGCAACACCUUCGUGGCCCUGUCCGACCUGCGCUGCAACCUGUCCGCGACGGCCCCCCGCCACCUGCACGUGGUGCGCCCCAUGUCCCACUACACGGCGCCCAUGGUGCUGCAGCAGGCGGCCAUCCCCAUCCAGAUCAACGUGGGAACCACGGUGACGAUGACGGGGAGCGGGGCCCGCCCCGGCCCGACCGACACCACCCCGGCGCCUGGCCAGACCUCGUCCCCCACCCCGUCCCCGACCUCGGGGGAGCCCGGCACGGACGGGGCCCCCUCGGGCCCGGCCCCACCUCAGGCCGCCGGCCCCCCGCGCCUGAUCCGCAUCUCCCACCAGAGCGUGGAGCCCGUGGUCAUGAUGCACAUGAACAUCCCGGAUUCGGGCUCUCAGACGGGCGGGGCCUCCAGCGCUUCCACGGGUCCCUCCGGCCCGCCCGGGCAGGGCCUGGGCGGCCCCACCCACAUCCAACUGCCCUCCCUGCCCCCAGAGUUCAUGCAGGCGGUGGCCCACCAGAUCACCCAGCAGGCCAUGGCCGCCGCCGCCGCCUCCGCGGCCACAGGGCAGCAGGUGUCCGGCUUCCCGGCGGCCCCGACCCGGGUGGUGAUCGCCCGGCCCACGCCCCCCCAGGCCCGGCCCCCCCAUCCCGGAGGGCCUCCCCCCGCUCCCGGGGCUACGAUCCCUGUUCCGGGUUCCAAUGCUUCACUGGCUCAGAUGGUGAGCGGGCUGGUGGGGCAGCUUCUGAUGCAGCCAGUGCUCGUGGCCCAGGGCGCCUCGGGGCUGGGCGCCCCCCAGGCCCCGGCCACGGCCUCGGCCAGCGCGGGCACCACCAACACGGCCACGACGGCCGGCCCGGCCCCCGGGGGCCCCACCCAGCCGCCCCCGCCCCCGCCGCCGGGCCCCCCCCAGGCUGAGGUCCAGUUCUCGCAGCUCCUGGGCAGCCUGCUGGGGCCGGGGGGCCCCGGGGGCCCGGGGGCCGGCGGCGGGGCCACCGGCGUGGGCUCCCCCACCAUCACGGUGGCCAUGCCGGGCGUCCCCGCCUUCCUCCAGGGUAUGACGGACUUCCUGCAGGCGACGCAGACGGCCCCUCCGCCGCCGCCGCCGCCCCCGCCCCCCCAGGCCCCCGAGCAGGCCCCCGCCGCGGCGCCCCCCGGCUCGCCCCCUGCGGGGCCGGGCGGGGCCGGGGGGGGCCCCGAGGCGCUGCCCCCCGAGUUCUUCACCUCGGUGGUGCAGGGAGUGCUGAGCUCCCUCCUGGGGUCCCUGGGGGCCCGGGCCGGCAGCAGCGAGAGCAUCGCCGGCUUCAUCCAGCGCCUCAGCGGCUCCAGCAACAUCUUCGAGCCCGGGGCCGACGGGGCCCUCGGUUUCUUCGGCGCCCUGCUGUCCGUCAUCUGCCAGAACCUGUCGAUGGUGGACGUGGUGAUGCUCCUGCACGGCCACUCCCAGCCCCUGCAGCGGCUGCAGCCACAACUGCGCAGUUUCUUCCACCAGCACUACCUGGGGGGCCGCGAGCCCACCGGCCCCGCCAUCCGGAGGGCCACACACACGCUCAUCACGGGGCUGGAGGAGUACGUACGCGACAGCUUUGCCUCGGUCCAGGUCCAGCCAGGGGUGGACAUCACCAGGACCAACCUGGAUUUCCUCCAGGAGCAGUUCAACGGCAUCGCCGCCCACGUGCUGCACUGCACAGACAGCAGCUUUGGGGGGCGUCUGCUGGAGCUGUGUAACCAGGGCCUGUUCGAGUGUCUGGCCCUGAACCUGCACUGCCUUGGGGGACAGCAGAGCGCGCUGACCAACGUCAUCAACGGCCGCAUCCGGCGCCUGUCCGGCGGGGUGAAUCCGUCCCUGGUCAGCUGGUUGACUACCAUGAUGGGGCUGCGGCUGCAGGUGCUGCUGGAGCACAUGCCCGUGGGCCCCGACCAAGUGCUGCGCUACGUGCGCCGCCUCGGCGAGCCCCCGCAGCCCCCGCCGGAGGAGGAGCCGAUGGAAAUCCAAGGAGCGGAGAGGCCCGAGCCCGAGCGGGAGAACGCCUCGCCGGCCCCCGGCACCACGGCGGAGGAGGCCAUGUCCCGGGGCCCCCCGCCGGCCCCCGAGGGACCGCCCCCGCACGAGGAGCAGGACGGAGCCGCCGCGGCCGAGUCGGAGCCCUGGGCGGCGGCCGUGCCCCCGGAGUGGGUCCCCAUCAUCCGCCAGGACCUCCAGACCCAGCGCAAGGUGAAGCCGCAGCCUCCCCUGAGUGACGCCUACCUCAGCGGCAUGCCCGCCAAGCGACGCAAGACCAUGCAGGGAGAGGGGCCCCAGCUGCUCCUGUCGGAGGCCGUGAGCCGGGCGGCCAAGGCCAGCGGGGCGCGGCCCGUGACCAGCCCCGACAGCCUGAGGCGGGACUUGGAGGCCCCCGAAGUGCAGGACAGCUACCGCCAACAGCUCCGGUCCGACCUUCAGCAGAGGCUGCGGGCCGACCCCAACUACAGCCCUCAGCACUUCCCCAACGCCCAGCGCGCCUUCAUGGACGAGCCCUAGCCGCCUGCCCGCUUGGCUCCAUCGACGCCGUCCUCCCCCCCAACCCCUCUGGUAUUUAAGAAAUAAAAGUCGGAUUUUCCUGGCCGUU